UUCUCAGUUUCGUCAAGCCUUCGGGGCUAAGCUUUUGACUAACUCUCUCUUCUCUAUAAAGCACUUCCAUGGCUACCACUACCACCAACCAAUCACUGACUCCGGUCAACAAGAAGGCCCCAUGAAUUCAUUACCAGAAGGCUGCAUAGCCGACAUCACCUGCUGCACCACCCCUCGUGACGCGUGCCGUUUGUCCUUGGUUUCUUCCCUUUUCAAGUCCGCUGCAGAAUCCGACGCCGUUUGGGAGCGCUUCUUGCCUCCCGACUACCAGUCUAUCAUUUCUAACUCUUGUCCUUGCCCGUCAUCGUCUUCUUCUCCGCCUUCUUUGUUGUGUUUGCCGUCCAAGAAGCAGCUCUUUCUCAGUCUCUGUGACCACCCGAUUCUCAUUGAUGGUGGGAAAAAGGCCUUUUACUUGGACAAGCAGAGUGGGAAGAAAUGUUAUAUGAUAUCUGCGAGGGAACUCAUGAUUGUGGGGGGUGAUACACCUAGGUAUUGGGCAUGGUCUUCUUUACCCGGGCGAGGUUUGUUCCAGGAGGCAGCUGAGCUUAUAGAAAUGUAUACGCUCGAGAUACGUGGAAAGAUUAGUACGUGCAUUCUGACCCCAGGGACACAUUACACAGCUUUUCUUGUGUUCAAGCUGACGGAAAGGUCGUAUGGGUUUUACAGUCCACCAGUUGAGGUCAGUGUUGGACUUGUGAAGAGUGAAAGCCAAAAACGCUAUGUGUAUUUGUAUGUGGUAAUCGGGCAAGAUGACCAUCAUCCUAGGGAGAGAAGAGACAAGUGGCUUGAGGUAGAGUUAGGUGACUUUUACAAUGCAGGACAUGGGGAUGAUGAAUUGGAAAUAAGUAUUUUGGAGGUGAAGGGAGGUUGGUGGAAGAGUGGCCUCAUUGUUCAAGGAAUUGAGAUAAGGCCAAUCAGUGGAACCAAGAUUUAUACCGAGCGGGGAUCUCCGUGACUCCGUUAUUGUUAAAAUGGAUAUCAACCAAGCCUAGCCCAAACACACUCCAACACACAUAUAAGCAUACAAUUUAAUAUGUCGACAAAUG